AUGAAAAAGAGAAAGAAGAAGGAGAAAAUGAAGGCCCAGUGCCCCCCGGGUCUUCCAACACCUUUGGCACCACCACAAAGAGAAGAAGAUGAAACUACAGAUAAAACACCAGCCCUACACAGUGCCCAAGAUGAUUCUGUCUUUCACCAUGAGGACAGGGUACAGAGACAGCAGGACAAGAGUCCCUGUGUGAUGGAUCUGGAAUGUCAGAUCCAGCCCUGUGAGCUCUCAGUGGCUCAGGAGCCUGGGCCACCUUCACCUGCAGUGACAUCCUUGGCAUCACCACCACCCUGCUUUGGUCGUUUCCUAAGCUGUGUCUGUCAGACCUUCUCAAAAUCUAGGAAAAGGAAACUUUGCAGAAGAAAGAGCAGCAACCAAGAUGAAACAGGAGGUGAUGCUAAAGUUCCAAGACCUGGUCGGCUAAGUGACCUGGGCCAAGACAAAGUGUAA